AUGUUCGACGGACUGUCUUACCCGAGUUUCAGAUGUGUUUUAGAGCACAUGGAGGCUAAUACAAGAAUACAUCUUGUCUCCCGAUGCCCGGUUCUCCACAACAUCGAAAAAGCGAUUCCACUUCAUCUGGAUUAUCUGUAUAUCAAGUGCAAUGAAAUCCGAGUCAACAAUAUCACCUAUAAACUUCUAUUCCGUUACGACGAAAUCAACGAAACAAAUGAACGAUACGAGCGAGAUAAACCGGAAGAAUAUCGAUUGACUCCAGGAGAUGUUCAAUUUGGAAAAGCUCAAAAUCAGCCAUGGAUGUCUGAAUAUCUGGAAAUCCGGUUUGGUGCUGGUUCCGAUACUGCCCUUCACCGACGUCUUGACAUGAAACCCCACGUGGCAGAAAAAAAACUGGCAUGUGAUCUACUAGGACGUCGGAAAAAGAUCAGAGCAAAAACCUUCGAGCUCUAUAUCUACGGUGAUCCAAUCCUUCGUCUACCAGUCGGUUUCAAAGUGAAAACUAGUGCACUUCGUGUCUCAGGAAACUUCGAGAGCAUUUUGGGACUGGUGGAUCCGUCAAGUUUCCCACUUCAAGAACUCAAAACGACUGUUUCCCGAACGGAAUUGCUCGAACACCCUGUAGUGAAAAGUGCAAAAGUGCUGAAAGUCACAUACGGAAUGUCUGAUGAGUAUUCAAGUGUCGAGUUCUUUGAAGGAUUACGAAACGUGAAAAACAAAAGUGUGUAUCAGAUUGAGUGUCAGAUGAAUGGCGAAGAAAUCAUGGAACUUUUUGGUGCUUGGACCAACAUUCAACGAGAUAUCGGAACGAUGUUUAUGUCUUCAUUCUUUUCGUCAUUCUGGAUGAAUGAACGGUUGGAUGAAGCUAAAAGAAGAUUCAAUGGGAAGUGUGUGAAGUUGAAUGUGCCGGAUGAGAAAAUGAUCCCUGAGUCCAAAUGCAUCUCAUUUCCAAUUUCUCCAAAUUCGGAGCUUGUGGCGUAUGGAAUCUGCGGUGCCGAUGAAGAUCCUUACUAUUUAAAACUGGAAAUGAUGCCACGUGGAUCCACAACAUCAUUGGAGUUGAGUAUGUCGAUGUCUGGAGUUCUGAGCUCAUUGGGAGCCGCGUUGAAUUUGUAUAAUCGAAUUAUUUGA